AUGGCACCCCGUCUUAUGAAGAAGGAGGUUAAUCCUGAGUGGAACGGAGAUCCGACUCUCUCUGUUUCCAAUUCUACCAUUCCAAUCAAGCUUACUGUUUAUGACCACAAUCCAUUCAGCGAAGAUGACAAAACGGGAGAUGAUGAGUUCGACAUAAAAACUUUCAUAGAAGCUCUCGAGAUGAAUCUGCAAGGCCUUUCCAGCGGCGCUGUCAUGACGAGAGUGCAACGUCUUAGACGAAACUGCCUCGCUGAAGAAAGCUGCAUCGUCUGGAUUGAAGGACGGGUUGUCCAAGACAUGCGCCUCGGACUGAGAAAGGUCGAGUGCGGAGAAGUGGAGAUUCAGCUCCGGUGGAUCGAUCUUCCCGAUUCCAAGGGCUUAUAA